AUGGAGUCCAUGUUCACUUUUGCGCCCGGCAGGGCUUUCGGUGCGCCCUUCGAACCUUUGAAGACUCGCCACGGCAGCUUUGGGGAUAUGAUCUCGCGUAAACAAGGGGGCAAAGUCAACAAGGUUGAUGACCACCACCACAAUUCAAACGGUGAAAGCAACGCUACGAGAUUCACUGUCCAACCCAGAACGGCCUUCAAACAACAAGUCAACCCAUUCACCCAGACCAUCGCUGACAAGUCCUCAUCCGAAUUCAAACCGACUCCUGCGACCACCUCGACGGCCGUGGCCUCCAUUUCAAUGCACUCUUCGGUGUGGGCCAAGCCUUCCGUAACUGCUAGAGCGAAUCUCAAGCGAUCUGCGGACCACCUUGAAACUUCCAAUGCACCGCUCUCCAAGAGACACGCAAGCCACAUUAUCAAGAAAGAACCCGGAUCCGAGUCCGGCUCAUCUACUCCGAUCAAAACCAUACGUGAACAAGUAGAAGAUCUUCUUCAGUCAACCAGAUCAAGCCCGACUCUGCCUCCCAAGAAGCAUGAUCCCGAUAAACGUGAGUAUGGUCGUGCACAUGGUCUUGGGAUUACUCAUCAUGCUUCUCACGCACCAACACCCAGUCCAAGACCUGAAGUCACAAACCACGUGUCCGCUGAAUCAAACGCCAUGACGCCUGGCAUACCCUCAGACAUGAUAAGGCCCAACAUCGGUUAUUACGGUCAGCGUUUUGGUAACCUUCAGCUGGGUAGCUUUCCUCCUCAAACACUUCCCCAAACUCCUCCUGCGCUCGACAUCGACGCCUUCAGCGCUGCUCCCCACGCUCAACAGAAGCAGAUGAUCGGCGAGAUCCUUUACCCCAAGGUCUACACGCAGCAGCCCAAGAUUGCCGGCAAGAUCACUCGUAUGCUCCUCGAGCUGGACAAUGCUGAGCUAAUCGACCUGAUCUCUGAUGAGCCGGCUCUUCGUCACAGGAUUGAGCGGGCUAUGGGUGUCUACAAUGACUAUGUCGAAGCUAAUCAUGGCAAAGACGUCUGA